GAUGAACUGCUGCUGCUCAACUCUGAGGUGCAUUCUUUUUUUGAUGAGAGGCAUCUCUAGGUACCAUCCCUGACCUGGUCCUCAUGCUGCCGAGGCUGUUGCUGUUGAUCUGUGCUCCACUCUGUGAACCUGCCGAGCUGUUGUUAAUAGCCAGCCCCUCCCAUCCCACAGAGGGGAGCCCAGUGACCCUGAUGUGUAAGAUGCCCUUUCUAUGGAGUUCAGAUGCCCAGUUCCAGUUCUGCUUCUUCAGAGAUGCCCGGGCCUUGGGCCCAGGCUGGAGCAGCUCCUCCAAGCUCCAGAUCGCUGCCAUGUGGAAAGAAGACUCAGGGUCAUACUGGUGUGAGGCACAGACAAUGGCGUCCAAAGUCUUGAGGAGCAGCAGAUCCCAGAUAAAUGUGCACAGGGUCCCUGUCACUGAUGUGAGCUUGGAGACUCAGCCCCCAGGAGGACAGGUGAUGGAGGGAGACAGGCUGGUCCUCAUCUGCUCAGUUGCUAUGGGCACAGGAGACAUCACCUUCCUUUGGUACAAAGGGACUGUAGGCUUAAACCUUCAGACAAAGAUACAGCGUUCACUGACAGCGGAGUAUGAGAUUCCUACAGCGAGGGAGAGUGAUGCUGAGCAAUAUUACUGUGUAGCUGAAAAUGGCUAUGGUCCCAGCCCCAGUGGGCUGGUGAGCAUCACUGUCAGAAUCCCGGUGUCUCGCCCCAUCCUCAUGCUCAGGGCUCCCAGGGCCCAGGCUGCAGUGGAGGAUGUGCUGGAGCUUCACUGUGAGGCCCUAAGAGGCUCUCCUCCGAUCCUGUACUGGUUUUAUCACGAGGAUAUCACCUUGGGGAGCAGCUCGGCCCCCUCUGGAGGAGGAGCCUCCUUCAACCUUUCCCUGACUGCAGAACAUUCUGGAAACUACUCCUGUGAGGCCAACAAUGGCCUGGGGGCCCAGCGCAGUGAGGCGGUGACACUCAGCUUCACAGUGCCUACUGGGGCCAGAAGCAAUCAUCUCACCUCAGGAGUCAUUGAGGGGCUGCUCGGCACCCUUGGUCCAGCCACUGUGGCCUUAUUAUUUUGCUACGGCCUCAAAAGAAAAAUAGGAAGACGUUCAGCCAGAGAUCCACUCAGGAGCCUUCCCAGCCCUGUACCCCAAGAGUUCACCUACCUCAACUCAGCUACCCCAAGGCAGCUCCAGCCUAUAUAUGAAAAUGUGAAUGUUGUAAGUGGGGAUGAGGUUUAUUCGUUGGCGUACUAUAACCAGCCGGACCAGGAAUCAGUAGCAGAAACCCUGGGGACACAUAUGGAGGACAAGGUUUCCUUAGACAACUAUUCCAGGCCAAGGAAAGCAAACAUUACAGAUGGGGACUAUGAAGACGCUAUGUAAGGUUAUGGAAGAUUCUGCCCUUUGAAAACCAUCGAUGACCCCAAGCCUCAGACCUGAUAUGUUCUUCAGAGAUCUUGGGGCAUUAGCUUUCUAGUAUACCUCUUCUGGAUGCCAUUCUCCAUGGCACUAUUCCUUCAUCUACUGUGAAGUGAAGUUGGCGCAGCCCUGAAGAAACUACCUAGGAGAACCAAUAGACACAGGAGUGACAGGGACUUUGUUAUCAGAACCAGAUUCCUGCCGGCUCCUUUGAAAACAGGUCAAAUUGUGCUCUUCUGUUUACAAGAGGAAACAGGAUGGAAUAAAAGAAAUUAGGAUCUUGGGUUGGAGGGACAGUGAAGCUUAGAGCACAUGAACUCAAGGUUAGUGACUCUGCAGCACUUCACAUAGAGAGCCAUGCCCAUCAUUCAGUCCAAGUGCUUUCUCUGCCCAGACAGCACAGAACUCCAGCCCCGCCACUUACAUGGAUCAUCGAGUUUCCACCUAAAAUAUGAUUCUAUUUAUUUUGAGUCACUGUUACCAAAUUAGAACUAAAACAAAGUUACAUAAAAAGUUAUUGUGACUACACUUAAUUUUAGUGUCAUAUUUUUGUAUAUAUAGGCCAACCUAUGCCACAUCCAAAAUUAUGUAUCUAUUACAGCCCCUAGAAGCUUUAUGAAUACAGUGUGUCUUCUUUUAUUCACAAAAUUUUUGAAAUCAUGGUAAUAUGGUUUGAAGUCUAUAUCUUAAUUUUUUUUUUUUAAGUUGAGACAGGGUCUCACUCUGUCACUCAAUCUGGAAUGCAGUGGCACAAUCUUGCCUCACUGCAACGUCUGCCUCUCAGGCUCAAGCAAACCUCUUACCUCAGCCUGCUGAGUAGCUGGGACUACAGGCACAUGCCACCAAACUUGGCUAUUUUUUGUCUUACGUAGAGACAAGAUUUCACCGUUUUGCCCAGGCUGGUCUCAAACUCCUGGGCUCAAGCAAUGUAUUUAAUUUUAAAACAACCACUCACUCUUACGAAUUAAUAAACAUUUGGAGGUAUAUAAAGUAAAAAGUUAAAGUCUUUCCUGUAAGUUAACACAAAUGUUAACUAUUGUUAAAAACUUUCAGGUAGCUCUCUAGAUAUUUUUCUUUUUUUGUAUACAUACUUAUACAUACAUGUAAAUAUAUAAACAUUUAGAAGUAUACCUAUCUAACAAACUAUCAUGAAAUAAUUUCAAAUCUGUAAAUAGAUCUAUUAUACUAUUUUAGAAGUCUCUGUAGUAGUAUGUUAUAUAGAUAAAUCAUAACUUUUUUCUUUUUUUAUUGUAGUAAAUAUGCACAACAUAAAAUUGAUCAUUUUAACCAUUUUUAAGUGUACAGUUCAGUGGCAUUAUGUACGAUCAUAAUAUAUUUUAAUCCUUCUCACCACUGGUGGACAUUAAGGAGGCUCUCAAAAAAUUCAUAUUAUAAAAACAAAGUUCAAACAAAUGUCUUUGUACAAGCAUAUAAUGGCACUCCUGCUGGAUUAUCUGAAGGAUAAAUUUGUAAAUCUAGUAUUGCUAGAUUAUGCAUAUUAAAUAUUCUUGUUAAAUAGUCUUCAAUGUCUCUCAGAUAAGGCUGUAUCAAUUUAUAUCUUCACCAACAAUGUCUGGGAAAUCAGUUUGUGGGGUGUAUUAGUUAGUUCUCACAUUGCUAAUAAAGACAUAUCAGAGACUGGGUAAUUUAUAAA